AUGCCCACCUUUCGCCGCAGCUACAGCAUCGCCGAAAAGGUAUCAAUUCUGUCCAGCUACGACCCCGGGGCUCAAGGUAGCGGCUUCCACGCCCUUGGCCAUCGACACGACAUCUCUUCGAGCACGAUUCGAGGGUGGUGGUCUCAUAAGGAGGAGCUGCAAGCUGCUUUACGCGAUCGUUAA